AUGCGGUCCUCGAAACAAGUGCGAGGGCCUAGCUCGAGAUCUAAGCUAGCCUGCGAGGAGUGUCGCAAGAGCCAUGUCAAGUGUGAUCAAGCGCGGCCCUGUGCUCUAUGCACGCGACGGGGAACUGAGUGUUCUCUUUGCCAGGAGGUUGUUUUUACGGCGCUGGAGUUCAAAGCACCCGCGGUUGGCCGGUUGGGCGACUUUGUCUCAGAGACAAUAGAAAGUCCAGCGACCUUUGUGGACGAAACGCAAGAGGUCUCCAACCUAUACCAGGUAGUAAGAGCGACCGAAGAGGCGGCGAGCGUAUACCAGCGUCCGUCGCCAUGGCCUACACUCUCCGGCCAAGCGAGCCCCAUCACCGAUUCCACUGACGCGUUUUUUCUCUCCCGAUACGUGGACUUUAUCGGUCCACGCUUCGACAUGUUCGAUGGUGUACUACGAUACUUCUCAACAGUCGUGCCGCAGCUCGCUCUGAGCGAUAAGCUUGUCCUCCUAUCCUGUGUCGCCGUUGCAGCGCGCCAGUACACCCUCGUCAAUGGUCAUCAACAACACAAUGAUGAGCAGGCCUUGACGUACUACAGCGCGGCGAUCCAUCGGCUGUCCGAGAGGCUACAGAGUAGCAGGCCUGACCCUGCGGUAUUUGCGAGCUGUCUGCUUAUAGCUCACUGUGAAAUGGUCGAGAGUAAGGCCACAGAUUGGGACCUGCACCUCAAGGGGACGGGGGAUCUUCUCAAGCUGCAUGGUUGGCAUGGAAUGAGCGGUGGAUUGGCCCAGGCUUCAUUUUGGAUUUACUGCAGGAUGAUAAUUCUUGCCUCUCUCUGUGCUGGUAAGCCGACCGCAUUAGAACCGAAAGAAUGGAUCCCCGGGGGUGUAUUCCCUGAUCCGGCCACCUGGACACUCGAGUCAUGGCAGAAAAAGGUCGUUUUUCUGCUCGGGGUGGUUCAGAAUUUCUGGAGUCGUACGCGCGAUGUCGACUACAACGGACAUGCGGUGCAAAUUGAUAUUGCCCGAUGGGAGCAACUUGAAGCUGAUCUGAUGCGUCACCAAAGCCAAGCGCCAGCUGUGGCCUCACCACUCAGCAUUCUAUCUCCGAACGGAGAGGACAAUCUCUUCCAAGCCGUGCGUUACUUGAAUGGCACUGUCGCCGCAGCAUGGCAAAUGCUGCACACUGCAUUUCUCAUUCUCACCAUUUGCAAGCCUUGCUCGCGGGCGAGUCGGCUCUCGCUCCUCUCCAGCCCCGACGUAAUACAGCGAGUCCAGACGUACACGCGCCAGAUUGUCGGCAACACGCUGACGAAUCGAUGUUCUAUUGCAUGGGCGAACGCUGUCCAACUCCUUACAAUUGCAGGCCAGUGUCUCGAGGUCGAGCCCGAGCGCAAUGCAUGCAUCCGCGCCCUGCAAGAGAUUCAGGAGCAAACGGGCUGGGACACGCGGGCAAGCGUCCACAGACUUAACGCUGCAUGGGAAAAUAGUUGGGGGUAUGAGUCCGCGAGGACGCACUCUGCGGUCGCGCAUGCAGAUGCUGGAAGGCUGUUGUAUCAUGUUUGGCUUGGUGAUGAGAGCAGUCUAAGCUAA